AUGAAUGCUUCAAGUAUCGCUGCAGAGUUCCAGCAGCUUGAACAAUAUGUGGUGUAUGACACCAUUGUCCGUCGACUUGGAGUCUCUGCUGCUAUGCUGUACAUAUGGGACUUCGUUCUGACAUUUCAUGAUGAAGUACUGGAUUUAUUUUCAAACAAAGCUACAACUUACAUUUUUGACCAGGUCAAUAUUCUAUGGGGAACGAAGUGGACAACAUCUAGGAUUUUGUUCUUCAUUAAUCGAUAUUUUGGACUUGCUACAAUCAUUGCCUCGACCUUCUGUCAGUUCUCUUUGAUGUCCAUACAAAUCCGGUCGCUGCUAUGUCAUGCAUUCACAAAUUUCGACAUUGUUGGACUUCUCCUCGUUUCGAACAUUGAAAUCAUUCUUCUUCGAAGGCUUUUUGCUCUCUAUGACUACAGUAUGAAGUUCAUGUUCAGAGAGCUGCUCCAGACUCUGAGAGCUGACCUGACUGCACAGAAAGAUACGAUGGGAAUAGCUAUUGCAAUGAGCAUAUAUGCUCAAGAAAACGAGUAUGUGCUCUUCGGUGUUUGUGAAACACCGAUUCCAAGCUGGUUCAUUCCGUUCUGGACUCCAAUCAUGGCCUUCGACUUUGUGAUCAUGGUACUCGCUGGCUUCAAAUCUGUACAGCAUUACCGCCAUGUUCCCAAUAAAAAUUGGUCUGGUGCUCGGUUCAUGAAGACUUUGGCACGAGACUCUUUCAUUUACUUUGCAUGCAAUUUCUUUAACUACUUGGCCAUCACAUUCGUAUUUCAUCUCGCACCACCCGAGUUCUUCCAGCUAGGAGCAAGCUGGACAAUUGUGAUACCUCCGAUAGCUGCCAACCACCUGCUCAUUAAUAUGGAGCAAUCUCGUUUCAAAGACACCAACUCCGCUACAAACUCAAGCACCAGUGAGGACUCUGAGUCCUCAAAGGAAAUAGAGUUGACACAACGUUGUGUUCGGAACAUCGCACCGCUCGCUGUUGCAUAA